CUUUAUUUUGUUUUAGUUACUGGUAGGUAGUUUUAAAUAAAAACUGUUAGUCUCCUUGUUAGCAAGCUCAUUCAUGUUAUAUCAUCGAAUGGUUUAACUUGUCUUUAAUAAAACCAACCACAAUAGAACUUUCAUUUAUAAACAAAAUGAGUAUAAUACCAAGAAUCAGUUACGAGGAAGAAUUACGAAAAAAUCCUGAAUUAAAAGAGUCGGAUAUAGAAAUAUUGAAAGAAUGGUGCAAGAAGCAACCUCAUUUACCAAAAAUCACCGAUAGUGAAUUGGCAUUAUUUUUACAUAGCAAUUAUUAUCGAUUGGAGCCGACUAAAACUACGAUAGAUACCUUCUAUACCGUACGAACUCACGUCCCUGAAUUCUUUUCUAAUAGAGAUCCGCUUGGAUCAAAAUCACUUCGACAAAUAAUGAAAGUUGUUGCAGAUAUGCCAUUGGAGAUGACAACGAAAGAGGGUCAUAAAAUAGUUUUCGCUAAACUACUCGAUACCGAUCCUUCACAUUAUGUUUAUAAUGACGGUAUGAAAUAUUUCAGCAUGGUUAUAGAUUAUUGGCUCUAUAGUGAAGGUACAGGAAUAGGUCAUGUAAUUCUUAUCGAUAUGGAAAGUGUAAGUUUUGGUCAUGCAGGAAGAUUGAGUCCUAUGGGAUUAAAAAAGUUCCUUUACUAUUUACAAGAAGCUUUACCUGUUCGUCUGAAAGGUUUACAUUUUAUGAACACGACAGCAGUGAUGGAUAUCAUUCUAAAUAUGAUGAAGCCUUUCAUGAAAAAAGAAUUGAUGGAUGUGUUGCAUGUGCACACCACAUUGGAAAGUGUCGCUAAGUUCAUCCCAUUAGAAGCAUUACCGACUGAUGUAGGUGGCAAAGCAGGUUUUACUAAGGAUUUACACGAAAAAUAUAUAAAAAAAAUCGAAAAUCAUCGAUCUUGGUUUCUGGAAGAUGAAAUGAGUGGUCGAGUAAAUGAAGCCUUGCGACCUGGUAAAAGUAAAAAUGUCACGGAUCUCUUUGGAGUUGAAGGUAGCUUCAAGAAACUUGAAAAAGCAUUUAAUAAAAAUCCUAAUCUCAAAGAAUCAGACUUACAAAUCAUUCGUGCAUGGCUCGAUAAACAGCCACAUUUACCAAAAAUAGAAGAUAUUUAUCUGAUAUUAUUCCUUAAUAGUAAUUAUUAUCAGUUGGAACGAACUAAAACUACGAUCGAUAACUUUUAUACUAUCAGGACUCACGUGCCCGAAUUUUUUAGCAAUAGAGAUCCAUUCUUGAAAGAUAUUCGUACACAAUUCAGUGUCACAUCUCACAUCCCAUUAAAAAAAAUGACCAAUGAAGGAUAUCAAAUAAUAUUUGGAAAUAUGAUAGAUCCUGAACCAUCUCAUUAUAUCUUCUAUGAAAAUAUAAAAUAUUUUUUCAUGGUAGUAGAAUUGGCUAAUAUAAAGACAGGACCAACUAACGGACUAGUUUAUGUUGGCGAUGUACAGAACUUAUCGCUUGGUCACAUAGGACGUAUAAAUCUUAUGGGAAUAAAAAAAUUUCUAUACUUCAUACAAGAGGCAGCACCCAUUCGUUUGAAGCAAAUACAUAUAAUAAAUUCUACACCGGCAAUGGAAGUUUUGUUAAAUAUGUGUAAGCCUUUCAUGAAAAAAGAGUUAUACGAGAUGAUACACUUUUCAACUUUAGAAAGUUUAGAAAAAUUUUUACCCGUUGAUGCACUUCCCAACGAGAUAGGUGGCAAAGGUGGUAACUUGAAAGAUCUCAUUAACGAACAAACAAAAUUGCUUGAUGAAAAUCGCGAGUGGUUUUUGAAAGAAGAAAUAACGAAGCGAAAUAUGACGCUACAAGGUGGAAUCUCAUUUGAGGAGGAAUUAAAGAAAAAUCCGGAAUUGAAGGAAGACGAUGUACGAGCGUUGAAAGAGUGGUGUCAAAAACAACCCCAUUUACCAAAAAUAUCUGACAGCGAAAUAGCUCUUUUUCUACACAGUAAUUACUAUCGUAUGGAACCGACCAAAAAUACCAUCGACACUUAUUACACAAUACGAACUCACGUGCCAGAGUUCUUUUCUAAUAGAGAUCCUAUCAGUUCUAAAGACCUUCGUAAAGCAUUUCAAACAGUAUCGAAUCUGGUCUUGGAUAAGACUACCAAUGAUGGUUAUAAAAUCAUUUAUGGUAGAUUGAUAGAUAUCGAACCGUCGCAUUAUGUUUAUAACGAUGGUAUGAAGUACCUUAACAUGGUAAUUGAUCUCUGGCUUCACGAAGAGGGUACAUCCAAAGGUCAUGUGAUCCUAUUUGAUACAAAGAAUGUUGCGUUCGGUCAUGUGGGUCGUUUAAAUCCUAUGGGAUUAAAAAAAUUCCUUUACUAUUUGCAAGAAGCUUUACCCGUACGUCUUAAAGGUUUUCAUUUUAUGAACACCUCGCCGGUUAUGGAUGUUAUUCUUAACAUGAUGAAGCCUUUCAUGAAAAAAGAAUUGAUGGACAUGUUUCACAUGCAUUCGACCAUGGAAACUUUAGCUAAGUUUAUACCCUUGGAAAUACUUCCAAACGAAUCGGGUGGCCAAGCAGGCCCUUUGAAAGACUUGAAUGAUGCUCAAGUUAAAAAAUUAGAUGACAAUCGUGCUUGGUUUCAAGAGGAGGAAAGAAUUUGUCGCGUUAACGAAUCUCUACGUCCUGGCAAAGGAAAAACAGCAACUGAUUUAUUUGGUGUCGAGGGAAGCUUCAAAAAGCUCGAAAUCGAUUGAACAAUAAUUUUCAUUAACCAUUCAUACGUUUUAACAAAUGUAAUUUGAGAAAGAGAAAGAAAAAUAAAUAAAUUUUGUUAUUAGAAA